UUCAUCGUUCCGUUUUUUCCCUAUAGGUAUGUAUGGGGUCACAAGAUGUGCAUGUGGAAGAGAUAGAAAGCGAAAGCUGGUUUUGGAAGUCAGGAUUGUGAGCGGACUAUUUUUUAGUUCAUUUGCUAGCUAGCAACUGACAAAAACAGAGGAAAAUUUUACACCAGUUCAGAAUAAGUUCCAAAGAUGCUGCUGAAGUUCAGUUUGCUGUUUUUAAUCUUCGGAAUUUGUGAAUGCCAUAAAUUAGCUGUUUAUUGGGGACAAGAUCCUGCUGGAAGUUUGAAGUUGACAUUGGAGAAAAGUCUUGAUUACUACUGCUCUAGAUUUGACUACGAUGUAAUUCCAAUUGCUUUUCUGGAUUUCUUUUUUUAUCCUUACAAUAAAGAUCACUAUCCGAGUGUCAACUUUGCUAACCAUUGCAACAAGACAUUCGAUGGUUAUCCUGGCUUGCUCGAUUGCCCCAAAAUCGGUGCAAGCAUUACAAAAUGUCAACAACUUGGAAAGAAAAUCAUCAUAUCACUAGGUGGCAGUGCUGGAAGUUAUUCAUUUAGUAGUUCUUCUACGGCUGUAACAUUUGCUAGUACAAUAUGGAGAUUAUUCUUAGGAGGAGAGUCCACGGUCAGACCAUUCGGCGAUGUGGGACUUGACGGAGUAGAUUUGGAUAUUGAGGCUGGUACUACUAUGUAUUAUGUCGAUUUUGUUCAAUCUAUUAGAGAAUUAAUGAAUACUGAUCAAAACAAGAAAUACCUUAUUACCGGUGCACCACAAUGUCCAUUCCCGGAUAUUGUCAUGGGUCCGGGCAGUGAGGGGACUGUGUUGCAUGAUAUUCCACAAGAGUUUGACUAUCUGUUUGUUCAGUUUUACAACAACUAUUGUUACCUUGGAUCCCUCACUCAGUUUAACAGCAGUAUGGCGGACUGGUUAAAUUUUGCUGAUCAAACCAAACAAAGUCACGGCAAAGGACCUUUGAUUUUCAUCGGGCUUCCUUCUCAUCCUAGAGCAAGCAGCGGAAGUCGUUACUACAGAACACCGGAACAAGUCGAAGCCGUGUAUACUACUGUGAAAUACAAAUCAAACAUCGGUGGCAUCAUGCUUUGGGAUGCAAGCUUCGAUCUCAACAACGUCAUUGAUGGGCGCCCUUACAGUAGUCAUUUAAAAGAUUUCCUCAAACCUGAAGAACGGAAGUCCUUCAUGAUAACUGGAGGUCUUUUCAUUGAUCAUUUGGUCCUUGCUCCUGUGUUUUGUGUAGUACUUUGUACCAUCUUUGUGUUUUUUCUUUGGAAGCGAAAAACGAAAAAAGGAGAAGAAAAAACGGAAGGAAAAGGAGAGAAAAUGGACAUUGCAUUCUUAAUUCAAGUUGAAAAAGUGUGCCUCAGAGGUUGUUAGUAAAAUUGAAAGUCAAUCUGAGGUUUGAAAAGGAUUUUUUAUUUCAUCUUUUAUAUUGCUAUAUGUUAAAUAAAUUAUAUUAUUAUAUUUUUUGUUACGUAAAUCAUAGAUAAAACAAAUUUCAAAUUUAGUCUAUUAUUAUUAUAACAUAAGUUGAUUUCAUGCUAGCCAUAGUUUAAUUUCAUGCUAGCCAUCUUUAUUGCUUUUUCUUGUAUUAUCUUCAAUAAUCUAAUUUUGGGUUGGUUAUGUCUAGCCAAAAUAUGAAAGUAAUCAGCACAGAUUUUUUUUAUGAUUGUAAAGUGCCACAACUUUUUCUGAUGAUGCUGUGUCUCUUAUGUUUUACUGUGAUUAAGUUAUAAAUAUCUAGCUUUAUCUUUUCGAUAACCUAUUAGAACAUAUUUAACAUUUACUACGAAGGCUAACGACAAUCAACGAUACAUAGCUAAGUUUCUUUCCAUACAUCAUAAUCGUAAAGGAUAAUUGUAUCGAUUUUGUAGAAAUUUUGCAGACAGGCUGUAGUCUUUUUAUUUACCUCCCUACAAAAUAUGUAGCAUACAUUCUACCUGUACGAAGCUUUCCAUUCUGAUGAUCGACGUAGUUUACUGUAUUAAUCGCUUAACCAACCGCUGGUUAUCAAUUUUUUUGAAAUCUUUGGGAAAUAUAUUCUAUACUAGUCGUUAGCCCGUGGAAAAAUCCACGGGUUCGCCCGUCGCAGCUAAGCUACCAUUUUGCGUGACAGACAGACGGACGGACGUACAGACGUAUACGGGCAUUAUCAUAUAGACAGUUUUAGCUGAUGUAAGAAUCCCACUGGAUGUGCAAAAGCACAUCUGUACGACACACUGGUUGUGCGACAUGGGUUAUCUGAACUAACUGAUCUGCAACAGUGGGCCGCCUACCUAAUUAAAAACCAGAACCCUCAAAUUAUAGCAUAGAUAUUCAUUACGAUUUUUGUAUUUUAACAUUUAUCCUAUUUUUUGUUUUUUCGUGUCUGUGUUUGUUUUCUAGUAUUUUUUCUAUAUAUUUUCCUUGUUUUACACCAUAUUUUUGCAUAUGCAUUUUUUAUAUGAAACUUUUUUAUAAGAAACCAGGAGAGGUUUAAAGCUUAAGAAACUUGGUGAGUUGAGAUUAAGCACUGACUUUAAAUUCACUGUAGUUUAUUAAUUCAUUAUUUUUUGGUUAAAUAUGUACACAUUUGAAUAAAUUUGUCUCAAAUUCCUGCGUUUGUGUAAAGUAAUAUACAAAAAAUAUAAUAAUCUAGUU